AUGAAGAGAGAUCCUGGGAUAUCUUUGCCUGGCGAUGUAUUCAUAUACGUGUUGCAACUCAUUCGAUAUUCACCUACUUCACACUGGUCUUGGCAAGUCCUUGUACUAGCCUCGGUCUGUCGACGCUGGCGCAACUUUACAAUCGGAACACCAAUGCUCUGGAGACAUAUUGCUGCUCCUGCUUACGGCCUUUGCUUUAUCAGUCUAUUGCUUGAACGAUCUCAACGAUGUCCCCUUGUCAUUGAGUAUCAAGCAGCAAGACCUGAUAACAGAGUCUUGUCUCUUUUGGCAGAGCAUUCUGAACGUUGGGAGGAUGUAACACUCUAUAUUCCACCUUCAUCUUAUAUAUGUUUGUCCUCUAUAAGGGGUAGACUUCCUCUUCUGGAGCGCCUAUCCUUACACGCUACUGUGGAUGAUCCCGAAGCUUAUGCUUACCCACUAUCCAGGUUCGAGAAUGCACCAGUCUUGCAAUCGUUGGAUCUUCGCUGGUUCUAUGACCAUUUGGUACGGGAACAUUGUGUUCCCUGGACUCGAUUGACACAUCUCCGUUGUCAGUCCAUCGAACUGUCCAGUUUACAUUCUCUACUCGACAACACUCCUACGCUAUCCAGGUUGUGCGUCUCAGAGAUUUCUCACAAUUUGCCUCCCAGUGAUCGGUCGCGAUCGGAGGUUUUGACGGAGUUGAAAGGGUUAUCUGUCAUUGAUUGUGAACUUCAGGUCGUAUACUCCUUGCUUGACAGGGCUUUGAACCUCGUUGAAUUGGGCAUUUUGAUGAAUUCAGAUCCAGGAAAGGCCAACAUCGAUAUACCAAUCAUUCUCCCUCAUCUCCACACCUUGAAAAUCCAAAUCAACGGAAUAUUCCCUGGCGUAGUUAAUUUCCUGGUCUUCGAAGCUCCACAACUUUCCGAAAUAGAGUUUUCUGGUUGUCAUGCCUUGGAUAAUUCAGAUGACGAGCUCGAAAAUAGGUUCGAAGAUAUUGUCACCUCAGGAAGACUAUUCAUCCAAUUUCUGCGAAACUUUGUUCAGGGAUCUGGUUGUAGCCUUGUCUCUUUGACACUCGACUGCGAGGUGGACUUCCAUGCCUCUGAGAUGAUGCCACUUUUCGAAGUUUUACCGUCUCUGGAAUACUUGGAUAUUUCGGUUCUUCAUAUGGGAUGUAUUCCUUUCCGUGACAUGACCCCGGCAUCUGCGAUCUUUCCUAAGCUCCAAACUUUGUACCUGCGCAUCCCUCCAGAAGAGUGCUUGAUGGAUGAUGUUAACGACUUAAUUAGUUUGGCCACUUCAAGCAGCGUUCUCAAAAUUCGUUUGGUAGCUAAAUGA